AUGGCCAAUCAAGAUAUAAUCACGGCCAAUCAGGAUAUAAUCACUGCCAAUCAUGAUAUAAUCAUGGCCAAUCAGGAUAUAAUCACGGCCAAUCAGGAUGUAAUCACGGCCAAUCAGGAUGUAAUCACGGCCAAUCAGGAUAUAAUCACGGCGAAUCAGGAUGUAAUCAUGGCCAAUCAGGAUGUAAUCAUGGCGAAUCAUGAUAUAAUCAUGGCCAACCAGGAUGUAAACACGGCCAACCAGGACAUAAUCACGGCCAAUCAUGAUAUAAUCACGGCCAAUCAGGAUAUGAUCACGGCCUAUCAGGAUGUAAUCACGGCCAAUCAGGAUAUAAUCACGGCCAAUCAAGAUGUAAUCACGGCCAAUCAGGAUAUAAUCACGGCCAAUCAGGAUGUAAUCACGGUCAAUCAGGAUAUAAUCACGGCCAAUCAGGAUGUAAUCACGGUCAAUCAGGAUAUAAUCACGGUCAAUCAGGAUGUAAUCAAGGCCAAUCAGGAUAUAAUCCGGCCAAUCAGGAUAUAA